AUGAGGAUUGUUAUUAUUGGUGGAGCACCUACUGCACUUGGAGCUGCUUAUAGGCUUAAUGAAUUAAAAAAAACACAUCCAGAUAUUACUAAAGAUGUUGAACUUGUUGUUUUAGAAAAAGAGAAUGUUGCUGGAGGACUUUCAACAACUGUUAUAGAUGAUAAAGGUUUCUUAUGGGAUAUGGGUGGACAUGUAACAUUUUCACAUAAUGCUCCAUAUUAUGAUGCAGCAACUAAAUGGGCUGUUAAAGAAUGGAAUUCAUUAGAAAGACAAUGUCUUGUUGAUAUGAAUUACCUUUAUGAUAUUAAAGGAAUUAAACUUGUUCCAUAUCCAGCUCAAUAUGCUGUACCAUUCUUUCCUAAUGAUAUUAAAGAAGAUUGUAUUAAAGAUUUAAAUGAACGUCAUGAUAAUCCUAAAUAUGAUUCUAUUGUACCAAAUAAUUUUGCCGAAUGGAUUGAUAAACAUUUAGGUGAAACUAUACAUAAGAUAUUUUUUAAACCAUAUACAAAAAAAGUUUGGACUGUUGAAACUGAAACAAUGAAUCCAAAUUGGGUUGGUAGUCGUGUUGCAAAAUUAUCUAAAGAAAAACUUGAAUCACUUUGUUCUAUUCCAUCAGAUCAAUUAACUGAUGCUGAUUUUGGUUGGGGACCAAAUGCUUGUUUUACUUUUCCAAAAUAUGGUGGAACUGGUGCUGUUUGGAAAGGAAUGGCUGAAAAAUUAAAUAAAGAAUGGUUUAAAUAUAAUCAUAAUGUUGUUGCUGUUAAUAUGAAAAAUAAAGAAGUUACAUAUCAAGUUGGUCAAUCAACUGAACUUCAAAAAAUUAAAUAUGAUUAUCUUAUUAAUACAGCACCAAUUGAUCAAUUAGUUAAACAAACUAAUGCUUGUUCACCAUUAAAUAUUGUUUACAAUAAGGUAUAUGUUGUUGGAGUUGGUCUUAAACUUCCUAUGCCACCAUCAUGUGAAAAAUUAACUUGGUUAUAUUUUCCAGAUCCAAAUGUACCAUUCUUCCGUGUUACAUUCUUUUCUAGAUAUGGUGAAGUAACUCCUGAUAAUACAAAAUAUUGGUCUGUUAUGUGUGAAUGUGCAACACCAAUAGAUUAUGAAUGUGAUAAAGAAGAAAUGGCUAAUAGAGCUGUUGAAGGAUUAAUUCUUAAAGAUAUUAUUAAAAGAGAACAAGUUGAAACUGUUUUUUCAAUUCUUCUUCCAUAUGGAUAUCCAAUACCAUCAGUUGAAAGAGAUAGUGAAUUAAAAAGAGCUCAUGAAUCUCUUGAAAAAAAUCAAAUCUAUUCAAGAGGACGUUUUGGUGGAUGGAAAUAUGAAGUAUCUAAUCAAGAUCAUGUAUUUAUGCAAGGAAAAGAAAUUAUUGAUAGAAUAUUAUUAAAUGAACCAGAAAAAAUGUACAAGACUGGAAUAAAUUAUGAUAGAGCUGAAGCUUAA